AUGCCUACCGCACUUGGAUGCCUUCAAAAGGUCAGCUCCUGGCGGAUCACUGGAUCGGCUCUCUUCGAUGGCAUUCCAUACUCGUUUGAUUCACCAGUCUCUCCAUAUAUGCCGAAUUUUGAUUUUAUCACGGUUACUAUUGAAUAUAAUGAGGAGGGCGAUCUGAAAGGCGAGCAUUCAUGGAGUGGCAAAUUCGAAACCGACACCUUCCAGCUCACGGCCGACAAUGGACUCACAAUUAAGGGUCGCCUUAACCCUGGUAUUCCGGCUGAAUCUGCACGUGCUGUCAAGGGUACCCUUGUGUGGAGAAACUUGAGUUGA